AGUCACCUCCAGCCUUCUCUAGUGACAUAUUGACCUCAUAGUUAAAACUUAAAAUAUUCAGAAUGAACUCCUUAGUACUAGUAUGCCUUGCCCUGGUGGCCGUGGCGGCGGCGCGGCCCCAGGCCACCUACACGUCCAAGUACGACGGGGUGAACGUGGACGAGAUCCUGGCCAAUGACCGGCUCAUGAUGCCCUACAUCAAGUGCGCGCUGGACCACGGCCGCUGCUCGCCCGAGGCUAAGGAACUCAAAUCUCACAUCAAAGAGGCUCUCGAGAACAACUGCGCCAAAUGCACGGACAAGCAGAAGCCAGCCGUGAGGAAGGUGAUCGCGCACCUCAUCAACCACAAGCCCGCGGAGUGGAGGCAGCUCAGCGACAAGUACGACCCCGCCGGGAAAUACACCGCCCAGUACGAGGACCAGCUGAGGGCUGUCAAGGCGUGAAUGAGGCUCAUAAUUGACUAAAAUUAUGAAAUUGUUUUAAAUUCCUAUUAGUAUAAUAAAGUUUUUGUUACAAA